AUGGGGAACUGUUGCCGUUCCCCGGCAGCGGUGGCCAAGGAGGACGUCCAGUCCAGAUACCGCCGCGACCGGCCACGUGGCGGUCGCGGCUACGGUGGUGCUCGUGGUGGUGGUGACCGCAAUGGAGGCCAGAAGAGGCUGAUGGUACUCAAGGAUGGAAGUUACAGCACCUCCAAAGUGGGGAUCGAGGAGAAGUACCUGAUGGACAGGGAGCUGGGGAGAGGGGAAUUCGGGAUCACCUAUCUAUGCAUGGACCGGGAGACCCGUGAGCUUUUUGCCUGCAAAUCUAUCUCCAAGCGGAAGCUCCGGACGGCGGUGGAUAUAGAAGAUGUCCGCAGGGAGGUGGCCAUCAUGCGUCACCUGCCUAAAAACUCUAGCAUUGUGAGGUUGCGAGAAGCCUGUGAGGACGAUCACGCCGUUCACCUGGUGAUGGAACUUUGCGAGGGCGGUGAACUUUUCGACCGGAUCGUCGCAAGAGGCCACUACACGGAGCGAGCUGCUGCUACUGUUACGCGCACCAUUGUGGAGGUAGUGCAGCUUUGCCACAAUCAUGGCGUGAUCCACAGAGACCUUAAACCGGAGAACUUUCUGUACGCCAACAAGAAGGAGAACUCCCCUCUGAAGGCGAUUGACUUUGGUCUAUCAAUAUUCUUCAACCAGGGUAGGUACCAGUUAAGAAUCUUUCUGGAUCUUAUCGAAUUCAUCGGUAAAUUAUGUCUUCUAUGCUAUGCAUUUGUGGAUCAACAUAUUCAUUUUGGAUCUUGCCUAGCGCGGAUUAUGAAGCUUCAUGUUUUCUAUUGUUUCUCCACAUUGCUGGACUCCCUUCUCUUUAUUUUGCUUCCGCAAUCCAUAUUUAUUGUCUGGAGUUUUCCUCGUGAACCAUGUCCAUUUUUGGGUGUACGUGGUCAGUUAUUCUUUGAUCGCGUCUAUAGAAGGUUGUGUAGUGUAUGCCAUGCAUAUGGAACAUGUGAUCCUCCCAGAUAGAGAAAACUAUUGACGUAGAUAUACACAACUGCUUUCAGUUGGAGUAUAUUUUCUCUGUAGGGAGCCAAGGGUCAUGGGUGUAUGCCUUCCAUAUUCUUUUUUCACGAGACAGAGAUUCUCCAAAAGAAAGUUCCUUCAGAAGCUAUUUCUGUCCACGAUCAACUAAUCGUUUUAAGGAAAUGUCUGUAGAUAAGUUUUGUUUCAUCCCCUUCAUGAUACAUUUGUACUUUUUAUGCUAUCUAAAAUCAAAAAUAUGGUGGCUCCAAUGGAUGAUACUUCCCGCUGGGGUGACAAGUAAUAUCCUUCUCGAUUGCCUUGAAAAGUCACUGUAUUUUAGAUCAAUCCUUUUCACGAGUAUGAGAAAAUGGCUUCCAACAUAGAAGAAUCGAUCCUUAGGGUACCUUCCCGGGGAGAUCUGUCCCAGAUUACUGGAGAAGUGAAUCAUGGAUCUCAGAGAGGAGCUCAUGAAGCAAGGAUUGAGUUCUUUGGUGCUUUCCCUUCUUCUCUAACCCAGUUGAAUGGUGGGACCUUGUACUGUUCAUGAAUAUUGGAGAGAACGACGGCGGAAAAGACCAAACAGAAAGAAAAUGGGGUAACCAGAGCGCUUCAAAGGUCACUCAAUUUGGCUUUGUUCGAACAUUUCCUUCCUCAUGAUGGAGGAUUCGAUUACGAGUAAAACAUUGGUAAGUCUACUCAUUUUUUCUAGAUAAUGCGUUGCAUAUUUCCAUGCAUUUUAGAAAUUAUCAUUUUUUUCGAAUGUUUGGAGGUAUCCGUUGAUGUGAUGCUGUGCCAUUUCUUUCACCAUCGAAAUUUUAUCCACAGGAGCUAUGUAGUCUUGCUGUAUAUUUGUAUGAAUGUUAUAGUCACCAUAUCAAUCGCCCCUUGAGGCAGAGAACUCAGUUUUUGAAUUCUUCCUUCUUUUAUCUUUCAUUGCCUCUAUUCGUUAUAAAAAUUAUGUACCAGAGAGGCAGAUCCUCCUCAUCCAUCAAGUCCACUCAGCUUGCUGAGCAUGCAUCUGCCUAUCCCAAGUUUGAAGAGUGGGAGAUGACAGCAAGGAAAAACAAGCAAGAUGGUAUUUUUGGAUCUGACUGGUUGGAGAAGGAUAAGAGGGUGGUGGUGAGUUCCUUGGAUGUUUCAGGAGUGAGAGAGCAAGGAGAGAUACCGAUGGGCAUGCAAGAGAGAGGAUGAUUUGGGAAGAGACUUACGAGCUUGUUGGAUCUGGAGAGAGAAAGAGAGAGAGAGGCAUUAGUUUCUUCGGUUUCAUCUUUAUGGUUAUGCUGAAGCCUUUUUUUUUUUUCUCGUUUCCAUCCACUUGUUGUUGGAGGCCAACCUUACCUUCGUCAUUUUCUAGGUGACAGGUUCUCAGAAAUUGUUGGAAGCCCUUAUUACAUGGCUCCUGAGGUACUCAAGCGGAACUAUGGACCAGAGAUAGACAUAUGGAGUGCGGGAGUCAUCCUCUACAUCUUACUAUGUGGGGUACCUCCCUUCUGGGCUGGUAAGAUCCUUUCCUGUGUGUGAAUCUAUGCUGUCUUCUCUCCCAUUGCGUCAGAUAGUUGGGCCCUUCACUGCUAUUAGUUAUUACCUGACUCCCCUCUCUCUCUCCCUCACCCUCUUGUAGUAUCUUUCAGAAUAUUCCCUUUUUUUUCUAUUUUUCCCCUCACAAUAAAAGAAAAUAAAGAUGCACCUGUCACUACCAGCUGGGGAGAGAGAGAGAGAGAGAGAGGGAGAGAGAGAGAUGCGUGGCCGGUUGUCAUUUGUGGAAUAACUGGUGUUUUUAUGCUAGAUAUUCCUUUCACUGAUGGAUCUCGAUGUGAGUCCUUGCGGUGUGCAUGCUCGAUCUGAAGAACAACGAUCUUUGUGUGAUUUCCAGAAUCUGAGCAGGGCGUUGCGCAAGCCAUACUUCGAGGGGCAAUAGAUUUCAAACGCGAUCCAUGGCCAAGUAUCUCGGAGAAUGCCAAGAAUCUGGUUCGGCAGAUGUUGGAAUCCGAUCCUAAAGUCAGAUUAACUGCGAAGCAAGUUCUUGGUACGACACACUCAUUCCUUUUAUAAGAUUAUCUCUUUCUAUUAGCCGCUUCAGAAGAUGAUAUUUCUUCGUCAGGAGUAUAGAUUAUUUUUCAUGAUUUAUGUAGCAUAUUGGAUCGGGUUUUCCAAAAUUUAAAAAAAGCAUAAAAGAGGAAAAAAUAGGAGAAGAGUAAAAAGAGUAAAGAAGCAGAAGUGGAAAUUUUGUUAUUUUAUUUUAUUUUAUUAUGCUUUACGCAAAUUGGGGUUCUGUCUGAGAAACACAGUGGAUCAUCUGAUCAUGAUCACGAGUCCUCAUCACUUCAGUUCAUGGCAUCUCUGUGGGUACCUUUUUCUUCUUGGUUUCCGAUUAAUUAAUGUGAUAUUAUGCCGAGAGCGUUAUAUGCUUAAACUCUGAAAUGGCCUCCUCUUGUUCCACUUCUUCUUCCAUUCUGAUCACAGUUGUGAUUAUUAUUAGUGUUAUUAUGAUUAUGAUUAUUGUUAUUAUGAUUAUUAUUAGUGUUAUUAUGAUUAUGAUUAUUAUUAGUGUUAUUAUGAUUAUGAUUAUUAUUAGUGUUAUUAUGAUUAUUAUUAUUGUUAUUAUGAUUAUUAUUAGUGUUAUCAUGAUUAUUAUUGUUAGUGUUAUUAUGAUGAUUAUUAUAUUUAUUAUGAUUAUUAUUCUGCGGUGGGGAAGUAAAGUAAGUAGACUGCUGCGAUUAGACGGAGACCCGAUUAAGGGAAUGAAGGUGAUGUCUGGUCCCAUGCGUUGACCUUCAGUUGAUAACAGCUCUUAGUGGUUGGUCAAACUUGCAGAGCAUCCGUGGAUCCAAAACGCCAAGAAAGCCCCCAACGUCCCUCUGGGAGACGUCGUCACCUCGAGGCUUAAGCAGUUCUCCAUGAUGAACAGAUUCAAGAAGAGGGCCCUGAUGGUUAGUCCUCCAAGUCUUUCCAUAUUCCGUCUUCGUCAUCUCUCACUCACUCUAUUUAUCUCUCUCUUAAUCUAUCUAUCUUUCUAUCUCUCUCUCUCCCCCUCACUCUCUCUCUCUCUCUCACUCACAGACUCUCUAUCUAUCUAUCUAUCUCUCUCCCUCUCUCUCUCUCUAUCUUUCUAUCGCUCUCUCUCCCUCUCCCUCUCCCUCUCUCUCUCUCUCUAUCUUUCUAUCUCUCUCUCUCCCUCACUCCCUCUCUCUAUCUUUAUCUAUCUAUAUUUCUAUCUCUCUCCCUCACUCCCUCUUUCUAUCUCUAACUCUCUAACUCUCUCUCUCUCUCUCUCUCUCUCUCUAUCUAUCUAUCUAUAUAUAUAUAUAUUUCUAUCUCUCUCUCUUCCUCUCUCCCUAGCUAUCUAUCUAUCUAUCUAUAUAUAUUUCUAUCCCCCUCUCUCCCUUUCGCCCUCUGUCCCUCUCUCUCUUUCUCUAUCUCUAUCUAUCUAGCUAGCUAUCUAUCUCUCUUAAAUGGCCAAUGUUCUGCUGGGUAGGUCAUUGCGGAUCACCUAUCCGCCGAAGAAGUCGAAGGCAUUAGGGAAAUGUUCAAGCUAAUGGACACGGACAACGACGGCGUCGUCUCCAGCGAAGACCUCAAGAACAAGCUCGCCAAGUCCGGCUCCCAGCGGGCGGAAUCGGAGCUGCAAAUGCUGAUCGACGCCGUAAGUCAAACGUCCAUCUCCACCCUUCCCACUUUUUUGGGGAACAUGUCUGAGAACGCCAGCUCAUCUCGGACGAGGGGGGCCAGGUGGACGCCAAUGGGAAAGAGGAGCUCGACUACGGGGAGUUCGUGGCGGUGUCUCUCCACUUGCAGAGGACGGCCAACGACGAGCACCUGCGGAAGGCGUUUGCCUUCUUCGACAAGGACGGCAACGGCUACAUCGAAGCGGAGGAGCUCCGUGAGGCGCUGGCCGAGGACGGCGCCGACGACGGCACUGACGUGGCGGGGGACAUCCUACGGGAGGUGGACACCGACAAGGUAAGAAGACCGCCGGUCAACUUCAACUCUCCUCCGUCUAGUCUUCGUCUUCUCCGAUCGAUGUCAACGCUUGGGAGAUGUGUUGGGCCAUGCAGGACGGGAGGAUCGGCUACGGGGAGUUCGUGGCGAUGAUGAAGACCGGGACCGACUGGAGGAAGGCCUCGAGGCACUACUCCAGGGGGCGGCUGAAGAGCCUCAGCGUCAAGCUGAUGAGGGACGGCUCGCUCAACUCCACCGCACCGAUCGCCAAUUAA